AUGGUACCUUAUUCUUCAGAGCAUUCACGAAGCGGCCAUGGAUUGGCUUUUAUGAUGACCCCUCACAAGUCCCCUGUCGGGGUUUUACCAACUGAGUUUCUGGGUUUGCUUAAUCUUUCGAGCAACGGACAACCCUACAAUCAUCUGUUUGCUGUCGAGUUUGACACAAUCAAGACCGAGGAAUUCCAAGACAUCAACGACAAUCAUGUGGGUGUGGAUAUCAACGAACUCACCUCUAAGGAGUCCAAGCCUGCUGGUUAUUGGAUUAACAAAAGAGAGUUCCAAGAUUUGGAUCUCAACAGUGGACAGAAUAUUCAAGCUUGGAUUGAUUAUGAUCAUCUUGAACGGGAACUCAAUGUCACUAUUUUGUUAUACCACAAGUUCAAGGCAGCGAGCUUGUCCCCUCAACUGUUGACUGUAUAUAUUUAG